AGGAGGCUACUAUUAUGGUUUAGUGGUCAUUAAUGAAACCACACCAAAGAAGAAAUAAUGGAGACAGUUUUUGAGGUCAGUGGAGAAAAUGACUCCUUGCUGCAAAGCGAAUACGGGAGAAAGAAGUCCGUAAACUCUGUGGAUUCUGAGGUAUACCAUUCAGCUAGCUCAAGGCUGACAGCUACAGGAGCUACCAUGACCUCUGCUAGUGGAAAGUGGGACUCAGCUUUGAAAGAAGAGAGAAAGUCUGGAUUUGUUUCUUUCAAUCCCUGUGCACUUUUCAUGCUUUUUCGAAAUGCUAAAAUCCUUACUGUGGAGCCUGUGAUAUUCCUGUACAUGUUUGGGACAUAUCUGUACUUUCCUCUUUAUCAGCAGUACUUUUUCAACCAGUUUGCAAUACAAGAAAUUCGUAAUUCCUCGAAACUGCCGAAUGCGACUUACUACUGUCUAAGCAGCAACGAGACUGACAAGUAUGGUGGAAAUGGUACAUCAACAAAAGUGGAGGCGUUAUCAUCGUAUCUGAACAUCUACAUAUCGUUAGCCAAUCAAAUUCCUUCGAUCAUAUUCACUCUUUUGUAUGGGCCGUUGUCAGACAGAUUUGGAAGACGUCCAGUUUUAAUGAUUGUAGCAUUGGGUGCCAUUAUUCAGGGUCUACUUUCACUGGCAGUUGUGUAUUGGAAUUGGAGUGUCUAUCUGUUUAUAUUGACCAGUGCCGUUUCUGGAGUUUGUGGUGACUUUGCUGCCGUUCUCAUGGCAUCGUUUGCUUAUAUCUCUGAUAUCAGCUCUGCCAAGUGGCUCACAUUUAGGAUUGGACUAGCAGAAGCUAUGUUGUUCAUGGCUGGUGCAUUAGCCGAAGGAACAGGUGGUCUUUGGUUUCAGACGCUCAGUUGCAAUUUUCUUCCACCAAUUGCUUUGUACAUUGGUUGCAAUGCACUGCUUAUGGCGUAUGUACUGCUAUUUUUACCGGAGUCACUGUCAAGGAAAGAGAGGGAAAGACGAGCUCUAGGCAAGCCAAAGGGGAUUCGUUCUCUGAUCCGGGGUUUUAAGAUUUACUUGUGUCAAAUCCAGGAGUAUUCGGUUUGGAUGUUGUGGGCAGCUUUGAUAGCGAUUUUUGUGCUUGUAAUGACGUCGGCUGGCUCUCAGAGAAUUCAAAUUAGUUUUUUCAAAUCUAAUAAACCUUUCGAUUGGGAUCCUACAACCAUUGGCUACUAUCAAAUGACUGCUCAGUUGUCACACAUGUUUGGACUGUUGUUAAUAUUGCCUAUACUGGUAGCAUUGAAGCUACCGGAUGCUCUGAUAUCUAUCAUAGGCUUGGGCUUUAAUGUUGGAAUGAACAUUUUCACUGGACUGGCAAAGAAAACCUUCGAAAUGUUCAUAAUUGGUGUGAUACAAGGAGUGGAAGCUAUUGCGUUUCCACCGUUGAGGAGUAUCCAGUCUAAAGCAGUCGACAAGGCAGAUCAAGGUGCCUUGUUUUCUGUGAUUGCCUCGGUGGAGGUUGGAGCGACUCUCGUCUCUGGUCUCAUCUUCCCUAUUAUCAUCCCACUGGUGCUUAGUCAUGGCAUUUCUCCCGGAGUAGACUACCUUCUCAUGGCCUGCCUGUGCAUCAUCCCUCUCUGUAUGCUCUUGUUGCUGCUGUUUUGCCGUAAGAGAAAGAAUCUCUUUAAGAAAGAAAAGGAGAAGACACAGAUUGCUAAUGUCCCUCCUCAGGACAUUAACAGUCCGGAGUUCAGUACCUCUACGGAGAAGGACAGUUUGUUGGCCCCUGGACAUCGUGGAACCUAUCCUUAUAGCACCACUGGAAAGCGUCAAGUUAAUAGGAGUGGAGUCAGGAGUAUGAUUUGAAAUGAUUUAGUUGUGUACAAUGUUUGCUUAUAACAAAAUGCACUAUUAUAAUUUAUAUGCAUGUAUACUUGUAUGAUGACAUGAAUCGUUAAACCACUUGUCA